AGACUGGCUCUGGAGCAAAUAAAUAUUCAUCCCCACUUAACAUGUCAAUCAGGAUUAAUGCCCAUACACACCUCCCCUUUAUGUUCAUCCAGGUCCUUUUACUAGUAGAAGUAUAGCGAAGCCGGGGCAGAGGCGGUAAUAUAUAAAGCAGAGAGGACAGGACAGCAACACAACUCCAAAGCCCAGCGGUUUCAGUAGCGCACUCCACGGAGCGCAGACAGGACUCUCACGUUGGAGCGUCUCUAGCAGCGGUUGACAGGCGUAAUGACGGAUCACUCACUCAUUUCCAGAGCGUGAUGCAUGUCGACUGUCAUGUCAGAGCUCCUUGAAGUCACACAGUUUGUACUCGCCAGUGGAUUACUCAUGCAACAGUUUCUGAUGCUGCAGAUGAGAGUGUUUGCAUGCUGACAAACUUGCUCAUAAAUCGCACAGUUGGGAGGACACCAGAAGUGCACGUAAACGUGUAGCGUAAACAUUAUAGGCUGCUCAUCGGCGCACUGAGCACUUUUCGAGAUGGAUUUGAAGAGCGCGUGUCGUAUGUGCCUUUUCCCUUUUCAAAUGCUCUAUUACAUAGUCAGGGCAAGUUUGUUUUCGCUGUUGCCAAACAGAAGGAAGGACCUGAGCAAGGAGGUGGUAUUGAUCACCGGUGGGGGACGAGGCAUCGGGCGUCACCUGGCUAAUGAGUUUGCCAAGCAGGGGGCCAGAAAGUUGAUCUUGUGGGGCCGAACAGAAAAGUGCCUUAAAGAAGCAGCAGAAGAGAUCUCUCUGUCAGGAACAGAGUGCCAUUACUUCCUGUGUGAUGUGGCCAAUCGGGAAGAAGUUUACAAGCAAGCCAAGGUGGUUAGAGAAAAGGUGGGGGAUGUUACGAUAUUAGUGAACAAUGCAGCUGUGGUGCACGGCAAAAGUCUGAUAGACAGCGAUGACGACGCCCUUCUGAAAUCCCAACACAUCAACACCCUGGGACAGUUCUGGACUACAAAAGCCUUCCUGCCUCGGAUGCUGGAGCUGCAGCACGGUCACGUAGUGUGCAUAAACUCCAUCCUGUCCCAGUCUCCCAUCCCUGGGGCCAUAGACUACAACACCUCCAAGGCCUCGUCGCUGGCCUUCAUGGAGAGUCUGACGCUGGGCAUGCUGGACUGCCCCGGCGUCGGCUGCACCACCGUGCUUCCCUUCCACUGCAACACCGAGAUGUUCCAGGGCAUGAGAGUCAGGUUUCCCCAGCUCUUUCCUCCUCUCAAACCGGAGAUGGUUGCCCAGAGGACUGUGGAUGCAGUGAGAGCUGACCAGGCCUUCCUCUAUUUGCCCUGGACUAUGCAUGCCCUUGUCUUUUUAAAAAGCUUCAUGCCACAAGUGGCACUUGAAGAAAUCCACAAGUUUUCUGGGAGUUACACCUGCAUGAACACCUUCAAAGGGAGGACAUGAACAUUGAUAGCACUCAAUGUGCGAGAGACCUCAACAGCUCUGGGGUGUAAUGAAGGGAAUAUGGACCUUAAGACAUCUGGAAGUGGAAGAUGCCCUGUGAUAGUGUGAAGACUUAGGGGACAUGCAAGGUGGUUGCUUCUGCAGGUAGAAUCAAGAUCAACUGCAGGAUAUAGCCAUGCCUCAUUUGUAUGUGUGUGUGCCUAUGUGUAUAGUAUGCAGGACUGAAUGCCUCAAUUUGAACAUAAGCCAUGCUUAGGUAUGUACCAGUAGUUUCUCUGGAAGUUUUUGACACAUGUUUUAAACCCGUUUUACACUCCUUUUUUAUUCACCUUUUAAUGUGUCUUUGAAUCAAAAAAAGAUAAUAAAAUUAAGUUUUAGGGAUGCACUGUGUUUCAUUGUGCAUGAUGAAAAUAGAAAAAACUGAACACUUGGGAGGUACAGACUGUUUUGUGUCUGGGUUUUGACUCCCAUGGCAGUGUGAUAACACCUUUGAUUUAUAACAAGCAUGAGAUCAGUGACUGUGACAGACGAUGUUGACAAAACAUAAAACAUAGGCUCGGAGGGGGCAUGUGUGUUCUUGCCUGUCUCUGUUGACCGAAAAUGUUAAAGGGGGGAUGAUGUAAUGCUGCAUACAAAUAAUAAACUCAAAACAAGUUGGUCAGGACCUCGUCCUCACUUGUCCAGUGUGUUCCAGAACACAUUCAAUGAAUGUGGACAUGCAGAGAGACUGUUUGGCCCUGAAAGAACAGCAGUCAUAUUAAGCCCUUAAUUAUGUAAGCUCAAAGUAAACCUCUAAAUAAAGAUGACUGUAUCACAA